UCACACCCAGUGAUUGAUUAUCUUGUUGAACGUUGGUGGGAUACAACGCAUACUUUUCACUUCCCUUUUGGUGAAAUGGGAUUCACGCCGCUUGAUUGGGUAGUGUUGACAGGAUUGAGUAUUGGAAUUGGGGAUGAUGUUCCGUAUAACCCAGUCAAGUACAAAUUUGAUUAUGUCCGUGAGCAUGUUUUUCCAGAAAUAGAAGAACCCUUAGAUUAUGAAGAUCCCCCAAUCUCUGGAAAAAAACGCCCCCCGGCACAGUGGAUUUCAGAUGCAAUCACAAUUAAAUUUUUGACUACGUAUUUCAAAGAAGAUAUCUUGGUUGCAGCUAAUUUGGAUGACAAACUAGCAGAAAAAGUGGCGAGGGCCUUUUUUAUGUAUGUUUUGGGAAAUUUUUUCUUUUCCAAUGCAAAGAACUACAUUGAUGCGGCUUGGUUAGCUGCUUUUGAGGAUCUAAAUGCAGUUGAUAUGUAUGACUGGGGUGGUCCUGCUUUUGCAAAAUUGUAUGUGGCACUCAACGCAUCUGGUAGGGGACAGAAGUCAUUAUCUGGGCCGUUCCAAAUAUUAGAGUUUUGGGGAUAUGAAUAUCUGGGCAUAUGUAGACCGUGCGACCCAACUAGUGAAGAAAAAUGGCCAAGAACUUCCCGGUGGAAAGCGAAGAAAAAGACUAUCGAUAUUGUUCACUGUAGGAAUGCGCUUAAUCAGUUGACUGCAGACAUCGUGACAUGGAGACCGUGGGAAUCCGCCAUUGGUGUUCUUGACUCUGAUGUUGGUCGCAGGGCUGUGGAGCUUUCAAACAAAAGGGUUAUAUUUACUUGGAUUGGCAAGGUCAGUUAGUACUUUGU